CUUCACGGUUCGUGCAACAGUCCCAACCAGGCAGCUCCUAGGGCGUGUCAGCAAGCGUCUCCUUGCCGCUUCCGGCUAGCGCUGAGAUCAGUUCCAGCUCCAACAACUCAAAUCCACGCCGCGGCUUACGCUUAGCCACGCCGGUCCGACGCGCCUUCGUAUGCUUUCUGCGCCGGCGUGACGCCUCGUAUCCGUGACGAGACGUCGGCUGGUGCAACGUGCUCGACCAUGGGAUAGAUAUAUAAACAGCGAACUGGGAGGGAGGAGAAAGGAAAGGAAACAUUUACUCACCACCAACAACACAACAGCACAACAACACCCACCACUCCCCACGCAAACAAUGCAGCUCACCACCACCACCCUCCUCAGUGCCCUCGCGCUCCUCUCCACCAGCCCCGCCCGCGCCGCCACUCUCGAAGUGACGGGCAUCUCGCUCACGGCGCCGAACCUGGCAGCCGCGCCUAUGACCACCAUGGCGCUGUUCUCGCUCGGCGUGCACGAGCCGACCAACUCUGCUAGUCCCGAGGAGGCCAGCUGCAGCGCCUACUGGGACUACCGCUGGAUCCAAUACCCCAUGUACUGGAAAGACUGCACACCGAGCUCCUACCAGUACUAUUUCUCGCGCUUCUCGAGCUACGACAACUUCGAGCUGACAGUCAAGCACGCCUGGGACGAGACGAACGCCACCGGAACCUUCCACCACGAGCGCUCCGCCCGCGGCGCCAUCACAGGCAACAACGGCGAGUGCGUCCAAGGCAGCGGCGCCAUGUACAGCUGUAACUGGGACGCCGUGACGCUGGACGUGUAUAACGACAUUGUCACGGCUGCUUAGGUAAUGGGUCAGGGAUUGAUAGGAUAGGUCCUGCGUUUCUGAUGGUGGUGCUUUUGGGAGGCGAAUAUUGGUCUUGUUCUGUAUGACUGGAGAUGUAAGGUCGGUGCUUGGUGGAGCGGCUUGUAGGUAGUAGGCAAAUGAAUUCGAGACACCUUGUUUUUUGUUUUUCGUCGUUGUUUUGGGGGAAAUGUAUCGUUGGUCGUCUUUUGAGAUAGCCGUUACCGGAGAUGAGAAGCUUCACAAGCUUUCGCCCCUGAGUAGGUAGGAAAUAAUAUAGAAUACGACGGGAUUAGCCCUCAUCGAGGUCCUGUUGGUCUGUAAUAGAAAAUGAGAUUGGCAACGGUGUGAGUGGC